AUGGGUCUGGUAUUGGGUGAUAUUUAUGAAGAUCUCCGGCAAAAACAAAAACCCUUCAAGGUUGUGUUGUCCCCCUUUUUGACGGUAUUGGUGCUGCAGGAUAUCGACCUUAUAAAGGAUGUGAUGAUAAAGGAAUUUGAAAAAUUCCCCGAACGCGGUUUCUAUACAAAUUAUCGCGACCCAUUGAGUACAAAUCUGGUGCGCUUGGAAUAUAAAUGGUGGAAGCCAAUAAGGCAAAAAUUAACCCCGGUAUUUUCUCCAGCAAAAAUGCAGGCAAUUUUUCCUACCCUCCACACGGUGUGUGAGCUAUUGGCCUCAAAACUGAAAACCAUGAUGGAAGAAGAAAUAAAUUCCGAAGUUCCCAUUUAUGACCUCUGUGCCCGCUUCACCACCGAUGUCAUUGGCAAUGUGGCCUUUGGCAUUGAAUUCAAUAGCCUCAAGGAUUCCAAUUCGCAGGCCCGCCGACAAGGCAUACGACUUUUCGAUUAUGCCUGGCAUCCGAUUUUGGACAGUCUGGCGGGUCAUUAUUGUGCAGUAGGCAAUUUUUUCAACAUUAAACUAUUCAAACCCGAAUUGAGUGGAUUUUUUAUAAAUCUCGUGAGGGAUAUUAUUGAUCACCGUGAGAAGAAUGGUAUAAGGCAAGCGGAUCUAAUGGAUACCCUGAUUGAAUUGAAGAAAGAGGAUCAAAAAUCGAAGGGAGACGAAUUUUCGUUAUCCUUGGAAUUAAUUGUGGGUCAAGUGUUUGGAUUUUUUGGUGCCGGAUUUGAGACAUCUUCGAAUACUUUGACCUAUGCCCUAUAUGAAUUGGCCAAAAAUCCGGAGAUACAGGAAAAGGCAAGGCAGAGUGUAAAGGAGGUGUUGAGAAGUCAUGGUAAUACCUUUACUUAUGAUAAUAUUAGAGAAAUGCAGUAUUUAAAACAAGUUUUGAAAGAAACCCUUCGCCUCCAUCCUCCAGCCCCCUACACUGUGCGAGUUUGCCGUCGUCCAUGCGUUUUGAAAACCAAAUAUGGUGCGCUGACAAUUCCAAGUGAUACCAAGGUGAUGAUACCCAUUUAUGGUAUACAUCAUAAUCCUGACUACUAUCCGGAACCAUAUCGUUUUCUACCAGAACGUUUUGAUGAAAUUUCAGAUUGCCCGCCCGCAUUAUUUAUACCCUUUGGUUUGGGUCCCCGAACAUGUAUUGGUAAACGAUUGGCCAAUAUGAUGUUGACCCUUUCGUUGGCUAUGCUUUUGACACGUUUCCGCUUUUCUUGCUGUGCGCAAACGCCACGAAGUUUAGAUUUCGAGUCGAGAAAAAUGUUGGUCCUAUCGAGCAAGGAAAAUAUUGUUGUGAAAGUUGAAGCUUUGUAA